UGCUAACGGCAGUGAAGACGAGGGGUGCCAAGCCAUGGUGAUCAGGGAGUGUGUAUAAGUCAGUAGGCCUAUGCAGCUAGUAUUAUUCACAAAAUUCCUUUCCCCGCAGUGAAUCACAAGAUUCACCUGAGCAAAAUGUCCACCACCCAGAAGAGAUGGCCCGCCGAGACGGACGAGGCCCACCCGGAGAUUUUCACCGUGAUGCCUGCUCAGCCCAAGAAGAAAAAACCCGGACAACUGCCUGAAAAGGACAUUCGGCAGUUUUUUGAGCUUGGCUACGUUGUGGUGGAAGAUUUCUUCGAUAAGAAAGACUUGGAAGCUUGUCGGAAGGCGAUCGAGGAGAAAGUUGAGCAACUGGCCCAGAAACUUCUAAAGGGUGGGAAAAUUAGAAACACUUACAGUGAAUAUGGAUUUUUCGAGAGACUGACCAUGCUGGAAAAAGACUUUCCUGGAGCAACUAUUUUGUUGCACAAAUUGUACGCUUUACCAAAGGCAUUUAGCGAUCUCUGGUCCAGUGAACGUUUGCUAAACGUUGUAGAGCAACUGAUAGGUCCCGACAUUAUGGGACAUCCGGUUUGGAACCUUAGAGCCAAGACUCCACAGAAUGAAUCAGCCACAGUACCAUGGCAUCAAGAUAUUGCCUAUCUUGAUAAUGAUUCAUACACCGUCCUUCAACCUGCUGCCUGGAUUCCUUUACUAGACGCAAACGAAGCCAAUGGAUGCUUACAGAUGGCUGAAAGAGGCCACAGGACGGGGAAAAUCGCCAGACACACAUGCUGUGCAGGGAAUACCUGGUAUACUAACUUGGCCGAGGAGGAAAUGGUCAAAACCUUAGGCGUUGACUUGGAGAAAGACCUCAAGAUACUUCCGGUCAAAUAUGGUGGAAUGGUCCUCUUUAAUAAUAUCAUCCCACAUCGGAGUUUGGAAAACUUCUCAGAUAAAAUCCGGUGGAGUCUAGACCUUCGCUGGCAAACCCCGUUCCACCCAGCAGGAUUCCAUGGCAUUAAGGAAGGAGUUGUAUUCAGGUCACCUCAAAACCCUAACCUGAAAAUAGAAUGGGGUUCUUUUGAUCAGGUGGAUAUACGCUCGAGUAUUCGGAAUAAGGAAGAGGUGAAGAAGGAUGAAUUCGAUACGAUUGUAACAGGCCCCUGGAUGGUGAGAUGGGAGAUAACUCACCAUAACCGUCACACUGACGCUGUGAAUAAAGAGAAAAUGGAGUACACCAAGGCUUAGAGAUGAACCUGCAGUUUUAACGUAUUUAGAUAGGGGAUCAAUACCUAUCCCUGCAUUACCAGCUCUUCAAUUUUUGUGAUUACUUUGGAUCUGACGCAUGACACGCAUAGAGAUAAUUUUCGGAUUCCAUAAUAAUAGAGAACAGAAGGAGUUGGCUAUUUACACAUUGGCUAUUAACCUUUCCUGACUGGUUGAAUUGGAGCUUCGAUCACGUGACCAUACAAGUUUAUCCGAUGAAAAUUCUCGGAAUGCGCGUGCACCAAACUGUAAACGUGGAACAGACUAAGUCUUCCGUUCCAUUGAUCUCGAUAAGGCGUGAAAAGGUCAUCCUCAGUAAGAAAAUCUAUAGUGUAAGUUUGUGGAUUUUGGAGUGUAUGUCUGUUUACAGGACUAGCAUCAUAUGGAAGUGGUUAACGUAAGCCUUCAGAAGAACAGGGCUUGGUGAUCCUGAUGAGUUUCGAACCACAGGCCUCUGGGAGGUAGUCUGCACGUUUAGCACUGUACAGCAAAGGGAAGUUCCUCUUGGCCUGACUGUUAAAAUAGCCAUUAUAACUUCAUAGACUAAUAUCAUGGUGGUCAAACCGACUAUAUGUAUCAAGAUUUUCACUCAGAAUUAAAAAAAAUGCCCACAUUCAAUGCAGCGUUAAGCGAAACUGUCUAUGUGUACGAUCUGGAUGAAAAUCGUUGUAAAUAUGGUUUGUUAUUUUAAAAAUUUUUAUAGUAUGAUGUUUUAUAAUUUUAAUGAUUUGCGAUCUGUUGGCUUAUAUCGAUCCUUUUACUUUCUUCUAAAAAGGAGGUAAAACAUUAAAGUUGGGGGAAAUCUUUUUAUUUAUAAAUUUGUGAUCCUAAAUGCAGAAUUCAGUAUUAUUGUAAUAUUAUCCUGGGAGAGAGAGCAUAGUCUUAAGCGUGUAUCUUUUCAAACCUUGAUGACCUUUUCAAACGCCUAGCAAAACUUUAUCUUGACGAAAGAAAAUGUUGUACUUGUAAAGUUGUUGAAGAUGAAUAUCACUUCCUUCUUGAUUCAUUGUAUAAAAAUUAUAGAAAUAAAUAAAUUACCCACUGUAAUACUGUCAAUCCAGGUAGAAGAAAAUUUUUGAACUGCUGACUACAACUAAUGUAAAACAGAUACAAAGUUUGAUACUAUUUCUUGACAAAUCUUUUAGAUUAAAUUUAAUGGACGCCUAAAGUGGUGUAUUAACUUAAAUUCUGCAUCAUAUGUUUAUUGACAGUUGUAUACAUGCAAUAAAUUUUGAAGUGUCCUGUCCGUCAUCACGAAGGGGUAUGUUACAUGACUGUAGGCUCAUGAUCCAUGGGCUUGGUGCAACAAUAAACUACUGUAAACUACUCUGUGUAAGGCUUGGUGUAUGAUUGCUUAAGAGAGUUAAUUUAUUCAGACACUUUGUUUAAACUUGCGAUUAAAUGUUAAAUAUGUUAAUCAGCAUACAGUUUAUGAUCAAACCAAAACCAUGAUGGGUCAAACCUUCGUGAUGUCAAUUAACUGCUUGUGGCUACUUUCAACGUGUAUGCUCUAAUAUGCAAACAUUUAAUUACCGCCGUGCAGCCUUUACUCUGUGUAGCUAGAAAAUGCCCUGAGAUAUUUCAUGACAGACUGGUUUAAAAUAUUCUUUUCUUUAAAAA